CGCUCUGGGACUUCCGCCUCGUUGGCGCUGACGGCGGCGGCCUGAGCGGUAGCGGCGGCCUGAGCGGCGGCGGUGUUAGUGGUGGUCUCGGUUGCAGCGGCGGCUUCUGCCCCUUUCCCGCCGCACCAUGCCCACCGUGGAGGAGCUCUACCGCAACUACGGGAUCCUGGCGGACGCCACCGAGACGGCGGGCCAGCAUAAGGAUGCGUACCAGGCUAUCUUGGAUGGUGUAAAAGGAGGUGCCAAGGAGAAAAGACUUGCAGCCCAGUUUAUUCCUAAGUUCUUCAAGCAUUUUCCUGAGCUAGCUGACUCGGCUAUCAAUGCCCAGUUGGACCUCUGUGAGGAUGAAGACGUUUCUAUCCGGCGACAAGCAAUCAAGGAAUUGCCUCAGUUUGCCACUGGAGAUAAUCUUCCUCGGGUAGCAGACAUACUGACCCAGCUUCUACAGUCAGAUGAUUCUGCAGAAUUCAAUUUGGUGAACAAUGCUUUGCUCAGUAUAUUUAAGAUGGAUGCUAAAGGGACUUUGGGAGGCUUAUUCAGUCAAAUUCUUCAGGGAGAGGAUAUUGUGAGAGAGCGAGCCAUCAAGUUCCUGUCUACGAAACUGAAAACCCUGCCUGAGGAGGUGAUGACAAAGGAGGUAGAAGAGUUCAUACUGACUGAAUCAAAGAAGGUACUGGAAGAUGUGACGGGCGAGGAAUUUGUUCUAUUCAUGAAAAUAUUGUCUGGAUUAAAAAGCUUACAGACAGUAAGUGGGAGGCAACAACUAGUAGAGCUGGUAGCCGAACAAGCUGACCUGGAACAAACAUUCAAUCCAUCUGAUCCAGAUUGUGUGGACAGACUUCUACAGUGUACUCGCCAGGCAGUGCCACUCUUCUCAAAAAAUGUUCAUUCCACAAAAUUCGUUACUUACUUCUGUGAGCAUGUUCUGCCAAACCUCAGUUCUUUGACUACUCCAGUGGAGGGUCUUGAUAUCCAGUUAGAGGUUUUGAAGCUUCUUGCUGAAAUGAGUUCGUUUUGUGGCGAUAUGGAAAAACUUGAAUCAAAUUUGAAGAAACUGUUUGAUAAAUUACUGGAGUAUAUGCCCCUUCCUCCAGAAGAAGCAGAGAACGGGGAAAAUGCUGGCAGUGAAGAGCCUAAGUUGCAGUUCAGUUAUGUGGAGUGUUUAUUGUAUAGCUUCCAUCAGCUGGGUCGUAAACUUCCAGACUUCCUCACAGCCAAGCUGAAUGCAGAGAAAUUGAAAGACUUUAAAAUCAGGCUACAGUAUUUUGCUCGAGGGUUGCAGGUGUACAUUCGACAACUUCGUCUAGCCCUUCAAGGGAAAACAGGAGAAGCCUUGAAAACAGAAGAGAACAAGAUUAAAGUGGUUGCCUUGAAAAUAACCAAUAACAUUAAUGUUUUAAUCAAGGAUCUCUUCCACAUUCCUCCUUCUUAUAAAAGUACAGUUACACUGUCCUGGAAACCAGUACAGAAGGCAGAUGCAAGUCAAAAAAGAGCAAGUGAAGAUACAACCUCAAGUUCACCCCCAAAGAAAGCUUCAGCAGGACCAAAAAGGGAUGCCAGGCAAAUAUAUAAUCCUCCCAGUGGAAAAUACAGCAGUAACCUGGGUAGCUUUUCUUACGAGCAAAGAGGUGGUUUCCGGGGUGGACGAGGAAGAGGCUGGGGAGGACGUGGCAAUCGUAGCCGAGGAAGAAUCUACUGAGUAGACUGCUAAAUCUUCCAUAGCCCUGAAGGGCUACAGUGAAAGUGCUACUCAGCAAGUUUGCUUGGAGUAUCGUUUCCUUCAAGGACUGCCUUCCACUAAGACUGACUUAAAUGUUCUUUAUACCUUUGUAUGUAUGAUCUACUUUUCUAACGGACUACAACUUGUCCAUAGUGAAACUACAACUGUAUUUUUGGAUGCUUACAGUCGGCAGUUUUGGGUUCUUAUUUUUGAAGUGUCUUCAGGAUUUAUUCAAAAUUGGAAAAGAGCAUAGAUGUUUUAUCAAAAGCUACAUCUCAACAGUUUGUAUAUUAACCUAAAAAUCAGCUACUGCAUAACUGAAAUUAUAUAAUUGAGUUUAUGUAUUAAGUAAUGGGCAGGAAAGGCAUGACAACAGAUACACGUCAGAUAAGCUUAGCAGCUGAAGUAAUCCUUUCCUCAUCUGUAACUAUAUUUUGCAAUAUGUGGAGAAGAGUACCAUUGUUAAAUUCGCUUUGAUUUACUUUUUUGAAUGGAAUUGAAUGAGGUACAUGCUGGUUUUUUAAAGUUUGCAACAUGGAUGAAAAUUUAUUUUGCUUGUAGCAUGAAGCAGUCCUUUUACUUAGAGAUGUGGAGAAUGUGGUGGUUUUUGGUUUGCACAUCUUACUCUUCUCCGUGCAUUGUAAUGCAAAAGUGAUGUGUUGCAAAUGAAUUUUUAAUGUUUAAUAUGAAUAUGUGCAUAUAGUUACGCCGUGAAAUUUCAGUAAAUGAACAGGAAAAACAAAACAAUAAAUGACUAGAAUUCUUCCAGGAAUGGGUGAAGACUGAUGCAGUGAUUAAGCUUCAUAGGCUGGAGCCAGACGGUAGCAGUGCCUGGCUCUUUUCUAUGUUUUGCAGAUUUCUGGGUUAGUUGGCACUUGAGGGUUGGUUGUUUGGGGUUUUUUUUUUUUUUUGUUUUGUGGGUUGGGUUUUUUUGUUGGUUUGGUUUGUUUUGGGUUUUUUUUUUACCAAUACAGUUGCAUUUAAAAAUAUAUAAAUAAAAUUGUAUUUUGGGUAACAUUGAAAAAUUCCGGCUAUGUAGUCCAAUUCAGGUGGAAAAGUUAACAAUUCCAUGCUAUUUUUUGCCAUAGCAACUUGGGAUUCUUAUUUACUGGUGUACACCAAGGAAAUACAAUGUAAGAGCACAAUGCUUUUUUUUUUUUUUAUUCUCAUCACUCAAAAUUUUUACUUCUCAGGUCAUUCAACAUUGUAAAGGAAUUAGCAUAUAGUAAAAAGAAGUUGUGACAGAGGAAAAGAAUUUUAAUAAGUGUUCUGGGGCGUGUUCAUGUAAAAUAGCUUAGACUUUAGAAGAAUGAAGAUUAUUUCUUAUCCUCCUUUUUUUGUCCAGCCAUUUGAUAUCCACAAACACAGACAAAUGCCUGACAGUGAUUUCCCCACCUAGUUCCAUUUGUAUUUGCUUGUGAAUCUGACUCAGGUGUAUUCAUUAACACUCUUUGAUACUUAUCACUAUCAUCAGAAGGCCAGAAUACGAAACUAUGUCAAAGUUAGGGACAUUGUUGAUGCUAAAUUAUAAGUCUAUUUUUGCUUAACUCUGGAGCAGCAGGCAGCAAACUUCGGACAUUCCAGGACAUGUGAGCUGUCUUUGUAUUUCUGAUUACACGCCAGCUGCUAAACUCAGAUUUGUCAUUAAAACCAACAAACUUGGCAAAGAGCUUUCAAGGACAAAUUUGUGAGAUCAAAAUGUCACUCUGAAAAUAGGCGCUAGAUGGGUAAUAAGCUUCCAUUGGGAAAAAAAAUAGACAUUUUGCACUUGUGGCUAUAAUUUGUGUUUUGAGGAGAUUUAAAAAUGUAAUCUCAAAGCCUAAACAUAGCUUGGAUUUAGACUAGUAACUAGGUACUAGCAGCUUAUUUUCUCACUAAAUUUUGAGUGAGUUGUCUUUACAGGACUCCUGUUUUUCAGAGGUGAUGUGCAAAGUUCUUGUGGCCUCAGUAGUAGUUAGAUUAUCUCCCUCUCCCCCCAGUUUCAUAUUUAAUUUUAAUGCAGUGAGUUCUUGUGGAGACACCUGUUUACCAUCUUGUUGAAUUGUAAAUGUUCCCUUAUGCUUUUGGAAUAAAUUCAUUUUGUAAUUUUG